GAGAUGUGACGCGACGCGACUGUAGCUGGGUGAGUGUGUGAGGAAGUGUUAACUCCCAGGACAUGGGAGAAAGCCUGAUAGCAGCUGAAACUACAGCAGAGCCCUCACAGGUGGAGGUGUUGCUAGACCAGCCAUGGAGUGGAAAGUACAAUCGGAUCCCGAUCAUGUCUUAGCAUUCAGUGAAGCUCAGCGAUGGGUAGAGGUGGUUACUGGGAAGAGUUUUGGCAACAAAGAUUUUCGAUCGGCGCUGGAAGAUGGAGUUUUGCUUUGCGAGUUGGUUAACAAAAUAAAGCCAGGCGUCAGUAAAAAGAUCAAUCGUCUGUCCACACCAAUAGCUGGACUGGACAACAUUAACGUUUUCCUGAAGGGCUGUCAGAAACUUGGUUUAAAAGAAGCCCAGCUGUUUCACCCAGGAGACCUUCAGGAUUUAUCCAGUCGCGUCACUGUCAAGCGUGAAGAAAACCAGAGGAGGCUAAAAAAUGUUCUGAUCACAAUAUACUGGCUUGGUAGAAGAGCACAGCAUGAACCUCACUACAAUGGACCUUACCUUAACCUGCAAGCAUUUGAAGGGCUACUAGGACAAACUCUGACCAAGGCACUUGCAGACUCUGGUAGUCUGAAACGCAGUGGACGAGAUAGUGGGUACUGUGAUAUCUGGUGUACAGAGCGGAGUGAGUCAACAUCACCACAGUUCCGGCACAGAAGAGAUGACUCACUUGAUAGUUUAGAUUCAUUUGGGUCAAAGUCUAUCACAAGCCUUUCAUCGGACAUAACACUAAAGGGUAGUAGUGAAGGUGGCGGGAGUGACAUUGAAUCAGAAUAUUUAAGCAACAAGAUGAUGGAUGGAUCUAAGAACGACAUGUCACUUCGCAGGACCUCCACUUCUGAGUAUAAGCCUGUUAUGCCUUACAAUCAGUUCCUGCCAACGAAAAGCAAACCUGCGACAUAUGUCCCGGCUCCACUGAGGAAAAAGCGAGCGGAAAGAAAUGAAGGUAAUAGAAGAAGUUGGGCCAGCCCGAUGUUUACAGAAGCCGAUGGAACAUUUUCAAGACUUCUUCAAAAGUCAGCUGAUAGCGAUUUAGGGAGUAAGUCACUCAAUGAUGUGUCUGCUGAAGAUUCCGUUGGAAUUCCUAAGUCUCUGAGAUAUGAAGAGUUGCAGAACAUAAAGGCUACUCUGAAUGAGCAGGACCAACAAUGGCAGAAUGACUUGGCAAAGUGGAAACAUCGGCGUAAAAGUUAUAAUUCAGAUUUGCAGAGGAAGAAGGAUGAGAGAGAAGAAAUUGAGAAAAUGACAAGUGGAGAGAGUGUCAAAUCCACAAAGACAUUCAGGAAAAUGCGGGAAGAAAGGGAGAUCAGAAAGCAGGGAUCGUAUGGUGGUGACCACACUGACUACAGAAAGCUGAACUCCUCGGACGAAGAAGUGUUUGCUGAAGAAAUUAAAGCCCCGAGACGUUUGUAUGAGAGGAGUUACACUGUGGAAAGUGAGACCCCUUACACCUCCGAGAGGCGUGCGACCAUUUCUUCAGCACAUCCACCUCCAGCCUCAAAGAGCCAGACAGAAUCAGAAUUGAAAAGUACAGUCAAUUAUAUGUCAGGAAAGCAAAGCUCUGUUCCUUCGUAUAUCCGCAAUGCAAUGGAUUCCAAAACGGAACAAACUCGAGUUUCAAGUUCUCUGCCUAGGAAUUACCAAGCACCUGACGUGUCCAGGAUUGCACCUGUUGUCAUGCCAAGACCCUACGGUACACAAUCUAAAAGACUUUCCUCCCUCACUAGAUCUCAUCCGCAGCGAGAUGGGCCGCCUAGAUAUAAUGGAGAUGUGAAUGAUUCAAAAAAUUCCCAGGCAACGCCAAGUUUUUUUGCGAAGCCAGAAGCAGGAGGAUCCAAGAAUAGUGGUGGGCUCCUAACAAAGGAAGAGGGAACUAUGUGGGUCAGUUCUUCCUUGAAAAUGGAGGAAAAGAGGUCAGCACAGGUUGAUCUUUCCUCAAAGCCAGAAAAUGAUGUGUACACGAGGAGCAACCUGUUAUCAAAACCGGAAGACGAUGACCAAUCACAGGCCAGCUCUGUAAUUAGUAGUAAUGAGGAGGAGGAGGAGGAGGAAGAAGAAGAACAGGCUCCAUCUCUUAUUAAGAGCAGCUUCCUCCAUGAGUCAAAGCCUGACACUACUUCCGGCUCGGUCACAAUGAAUUAUUUUACAAAAACAACAAGCCUGCCCAAAGACAGCAUUACCACAGCAGCCAUGCAACAGGAACAGUACAGUAACACACGGAUAAUUAUCAAUCAGAGGCCAAACAGUGAUCGAGACUUUGGAUUCACGGCCAUUUGGAGUUCCACCGGUGCGACUGUCAAGUCAGUUGAACAAGGUGGACCAGCAGAAUAUUGCCAUUUGGAAGUGGGUGAUGAAAUCAUUUCUAUCAAUGGCCAUAAUGUAGCUAACAUGGAUCAUCAGGCUUGGAUAGAAGCCAUGGAGGAUUCAAAGAAGAGUGGAAAUCUGAACAUGGAAAUCAGAAGAUAUGAAAAUAGUGGUACAAGUGAAACGGAACCUGCUGCCUUCAUCAAACCUAUUAGAUGGGAAGAUGCUGGACAGACCAUGGUGACCAACAGGAGCCAAUCCUUCAAUCAAUUCACAGAUGUUGAUAAAUCGGAAGGAGACCAGGAGAAAUUACUGGAGGAUCCAAAACAAAAAGCAUCUGAGCCGCUUAGCCUGAGAAACUUUAAAAGGCGUUCCCAGUUUUUUGAGCAAGGCUCAUCAGAGUCUGGUUUCAAUUCGUUGGUCUACCUUUGUGGAGGAUCAGAAUCAGCAAUGAGUGAUCUACAAAUUCCAUCAAUUAGUGUUUCAAGUCGAUGGUCUUGGAAUCCUGAGGAGGAGAGAAAGCGCCAGGAAAUAUGGCAAAAAGAACAGGACCGAUUGUUACAGGAAAAAUAUCAGCGUGAGCAGGAAAAGCUGCAAGAGGAGUGGCGAAAGGCCCAGCAAGAAGCUGAACGAGAAGGAUCAAAGUACUAUGAAGAGGAGCGCAAGAUACUACAAGAAACAAACACUCCGCAAUCACCCUCAAAUGCAGAGGAUGAGCCUGUUGAGUCCAAGAACCAGUAUACUUCUCGAAAUUGGAUUACAUCUUGGGAUAACCAGGAAGAUUCUGAGGAAGAAUUACAGGAACUGGGAGAAGAGGAGGAUUGGCACCGAAGAGAAGAUGACAAGGCAAGGCAGCAAGAGCAAUUACGGUUACUAGAAGAAAGAAGGCGCCAAGAGGCAGAAGCAGAUCGUCUUGAACAAGAGAGAAAACUGCAGGAAAAGCGAGAAAGUGAACGACGAGAACAAUGGCAUCUCGAACAAGAGCGACUUAAAGAGGAGAGAAGGCAGAGACAACAAGCAGAAGAGAGAGCACGGUUAGCAGAAACUGAAAGAGUUAAACAAUUUCAACCCCAGUGGUCCAAGUCAAGGUCAGUCUCUGAACUUGAUGAACUUGAGUCUGCGCAAGGGCAUGGUGUAAAUGUGAGACCAGUGGGUGGUGUGGCCCAGUGGCUGCUAGAGGAAGAAAAACUACGCAGGCAUCACGGGAAGAUACAGGACCAGGCACGAGUUGAAUUGGAAAAUGAGAGGCUGAAAAUCCUAAAUCAGAUGAAAUAUGCUGACCCAGAGAGAGGUGAUAUGAAGAACAAAGUUCCAGACUACUCGUGGAUUAAGGGUGAGUCACAAGGGAAAACUUCAGAACAGAAAGAGCUACCGCUCUCGCGUGCUGAGCAAGAGCGUCAGAAAAUCCUGCAAGAGAUGCGUAGAAAGACUCAACUCCUGAAUGACCAAAGCUGGAUCAGACAACGUAGUGCCAGUGUUGCUAAUAAGAAUGGACCUAGUAAUUAUGGAUCAUUGAGAAGGGGUGAAUCCUUGGACAACUUAGAUUCUCCAAAGGCAAACCACUGGGGGUCAACUUCCGAGCCACCGUAUAAUUCGGGAAAGGAAUCCAUUCACCACCCAAUCUCCACUUCCAAUCGAUCCUACAUGCGCACUCCAUCAUCAUCCCUUCCACCUCAAUCUACUGGAUUAUUGAGAGCAGCAUCUUGGACCAAGAACCCUUCUGUUGCACCAACUACUCAGUCCCAGAUAACUCAAAGCAACAGGUCAAUAAGUGGAAAGAAGAUAUGUUCAUUCUGUGAUAACGCUCUUGGCAGAGGAGCUGCCAUGAUCAUCGAAUCUCUUGGUCUUUGUUAUCAUUUACAUUGUUUUAAGUGCAUCUCAUGCAACAUUGACCUUGGGGGUAAAGAAUCUGGAGCGGAGGUCCGAGUGCGGGAUAAGAGACUCUACUGUAAUGCCUGCCACAUCCAGUUCAAAGCUGGACAGCCCAUGCCCAUUUGAGAAGACUCUGUAAGCGAUGCAAAGAUGUUGCUACACAUAGGGAGAGGAGAAUGAACUUGCUCAACGCUAUAACUUAGAUGCUCCACGUGAACGAGAAAAUUAAAUCUUUGUUUGAUACGCAUGGGCUAUUUAAAAAAAAAGAUGUGACUCGUGUAAUUUUAACUUAAUAAUCCUUUUAUCACAAUGCCACUGCAAAUGGGCAACUCGAUUAAACAAUCGUAAAUUUGUUUUCUUGUGAACUUACAAUACAUCAGGGAAUACAUGGUGUAUUAUACAGAACAUGUAUUAGUGCUUUAUAACUUUUUCACUUAUUUAUCAAGCUGCUGAGCUGUUGGUGGAUGUUGCAAAGAAGCCAACUUUGCCUUUGUGUUCAUAUUGCUUCUCGAGCACAAUUGUGAUGGUUUAUAUAAAAGUAUUCUAUUCAAAACAUAUCUGUCUUGAAACUUUGAUAGAUCUGUCAUGUAAGAAUUUCCACACUGCAGUAAAUUAUCUCAGCACAUUUAUUUGCUAUCUGCAUUCCCAUUGUGUUUCUGUUGGAUGGGCAUUUAUGGAAAAAGCUUAUAUUUUCUAAAAUGAGAGACAGAUUAAAUAAGAGAUGGCAUGCAUGUAUUUUAAAUGUACAGGACAUUAAGGAGCUUCAAAGAUGUAAAAUCAAAAUCUGUGUGAUUUACUCUUGGCUUUGUGGAACUGAUGGAUAUCAGGUUAAAUAUUUUGCAAAAAAACUAUAAAAGAAAAAAAAUCCAUUCAAUUUUGUGCUGACUUAUGUUUAUUAAUAAAAUGAAUAAAUCUUC